AUGCCGUUUCCCCACCUUCCUGCGAAGCACGAUGACCGUGUUAGUUUCCCUCAAAGAAGAAAGAAGGGCCGGGGUCCCUUCCGGUGGAAAUAUGGUGAGGGGAACCGUAGGUCUGGAAGAGGAGGUUCUGGCAUUCGGUCUUCCCGCCUGGAGGAAGAUGACAGAGAUGUAGCGAUGAGUGAUGCCCAGGAGGUUCCCCGAGUACGAUACAACCCCUAUGCUGCCCGACCCAACCGUCGAGGUGACAGUUGGCAUGAUCGAGACCGCAUUCAUGUUACCGUGCGGAGAGACAGAGCUCUUCCAGAGAGAGGAGGGGCUGGCACCAGCCAGGACGGGACCUCGAAGAACUGGUUUAAGAUUACAAUUCCUUAUGGCAGAAAAUAUGACAAGUCAUGGCUCCUGAGUGUGAUUCAGAGCAAGUGCAGUGUCCCUUUCACCCCCAUUGAGUUUCACUAUGAAAACACACGGGCCCAGUUUUUUGUUGAGGAUGCCAGUACCGCCUCUGCGUUGAAGGCCGUCAACUAUAAGAUUUUGGAUCAGGAGAACCGAAGGAUCUCCAUCAUCAUCAAUUCUUCUGUCCCACCCCAUUCUGUACAGAACGAGCUGAAGCCAGAACAAGUAGAGCAGCUAAAGGUGAGCAUCACUCACUUCUGUCCUGUUCUUGACAGCGCCAUUCGCGAACGAUUUCCCAAAUUAUUACGCCUGGAUGGCCAUGAGUUACCCCCUCCGAUCGCCUUUGACGUUGAAGCCCCCACGACGUUACCGCCCUGCAAGGGAAGCUAUUUUGGAACAGAGACCCUGAAGAACCUGGUCCUGCAUUUCUUGCAGCAGUACUACGCGGUGUAUGACUCUGGAGACCGGCAGCGGCUCCUGGACGCCUACCAUGACGGGGCCUGCUGCUCCCUCAGCAUCCCUUUUACCCCCCAGAACCCUUCCCGAAGCAACCUGGCCGAGUACUUCAAGGACAGCAGGAAUGUGAAGAAGCUCAAAGACCCCACCCUGCGGUUCCGCCUGCUGAAGCAUACGCGUCUCAACGUUGUUGCCUUCCUCAAUGAGUUACCCAAAACUCAGCACGACGUCAACUCCUUUGUGGUAGACAUAAGCGCCCAGACAAGCACAUUGCUGUGUUUUUCCGUCAAUGGGGUCUUCAAGGAAGUGGAUGGAAAAUCUCGGGAUUCUUUGCGAGCCUUCACCAGGACAUUUGUCGCUGUUCCUGCCAGCAAUUCAGGGCUGUGCAUCGUAAAUGACGAGCUGUUUGUGCGCAAUGCCAGCCCUGAUGAGAUCCAGAGAGCCUUCGCCAUGCCUGCACCCACACCUUCCUCCAGCCCAGUGCCCACCCUCUCCCCAGAGCAGCAGGAGAUGCUGCAGGCAUUCUCUACCCAGUCUGGCAUGAACCUUGAGUGGUCCCAGAAGUGUCUCCAGGACAACAACUGGGACUACACCAGAUCUGCCCAGGCCUUUACUCAUCUGAAGGCCAAGGGCGAGAUCCCAGAAGUGGCAUUCAUGAAGUGAUCCGUAGUCAUGCCCCAGAAGAAGCCCCCUGUAAAAUAGCCCUUGGAUA